AUGUGUCAUGCUAUAGUCUGGUACCACGUCCUCUGUCAACACUUCGAUCAAUCCCAAUCAUCCACUAUCCCAUGUGUAUACGCCACGGCAACAGGAUACGAUUGUCUACCACUUUACCAGCCCGUUCUUGACUUGCCUCUUUCAGGAGAAUGCUGCAUCUGUAAAUGCGAGCGACGUUGGCAGAACAUGCAGCCUCAGCAUCGGGAAACAACAGACAAGGUUCCAGUAAUCGCUGACAAUGAUACAAAGCUUGUUCUGGAAGAAAGGGACCUGGAAGGUCGUAGUCACCCGGCAGAAGAUGGGCAUAUGUAUCUAUGGAUUGAUGGCGCUGAUCUGCUUGCUACAGGAUCUCAGAAUGCGUCUGAUGUGGGACAUGAUGAAUGGGAUGAUGAAGGGGUUGAUCUAGAUGGGUUGCAGGAUCUUUUAGAUUCGCUAGAUUGUUCGGAGAGGGAGUCUUGGGAUGAAUCGUCCAACUCCUGUACCGAGGAUGAUGUCCCAGAUUCGCCUACUUUGGGCGAUGAUAUUUCUUGGUGGGGUUUUUGGCAGCGGGAUCAUCAGGUGAAGCAUUCUAUGAUUCCUAUUCCGGUGAGUCGGAAGGUGCUGGAUCGUGUUUGGGAUGCAUAUGAGCUGGAGUUGUUUAAUCAGCUCACUUUCUGA